UUCACUCCGUUUGUCAACACAACUGUAACCGUAUCUAAAAGCGUGAAAUGUGUGUCCAAUGGUGUGAACCAAUUGACUGGUCUAUCACUCAAUGCUGUCUCCCAUCCCAUGGAGUUGUCGUGCAGUGGCUUUCACUUCAGACAAAUCCCGUAUACAUUUGCCGCUGACUUCAAUGGACAACAAGAGGAUUUGACUGUAGAAAAUUGCAACCAGGUUGUAUCAUCAGUCAAUGGCAAUAUGUUUGAGUUGAAUUUGGGUCCCAUAACCUCUGGCCGAUGCAAAGGGGACUUACUAUACGUGCAGACCGUCUACACAUCGGACAACCCGUUAGCCUGUGCUCAACAGACACUCAAUACUCUGCGUAUAACCCAAAUGAGUGCCGGAAUCUAUGGCGACAAUUGUCCGACCGAGUGCUCAGACUAUACCGCAACUUCCGUUACUAUUAAUCCCGCUAUAAACAACCAUGGACAAGCUUAAAUACAUAUCAA